CUCAUUCGCAAUCGCUCGCUUCGGUUCCAACUUGUACUUCGUUUGGAUUUUUAUAGAGGUGCCUUUCGCUUCAUAAACUUGCAACAUAGCGUAGUUUAGUAUUUUCAUUGUAAAGAAAGCUGGCGGGUGUGCAAAGCUAUUGUGUUGAUUUUAAAACAAAUGUGUUGAAGUUAUUUAAAACCGAUUAUCAGUUUAAAUACCAGCUAGUGAAAAUAUUGUGAAAGAAAUACUCAAGGACGCAGGGCGCGGCGCGUGGCUCGGAGACACCAUGGACGAUGACCAGCAGUUCUGCCUGCGGUGGAACAACCACCAGUCGACGCUGGUGUCCGUGUUCGACACUCUGCUCGAGAAGGGCAUUCAUGUGGACUGCACCUUGGCAGCGGAAGGACAGACGCUGAAGGCGCAUAAAGUAGUUCUGUCUGCGUGCAGUCCUUAUUUCGAGAGUGUUCUAUCCCAACAGUAUGACAAACAUCCAAUUAUAAUUUUGAAAGAUGUUAAAUAUGCCGAGCUGAGAGCCAUGAUGGAUUACAUGUAUCGUGGUGAAGUGAACAUAUCACAGGACCAGCUAGCAGCCCUGCUGAAAGCGGCUGAGUCGCUGCAGAUUAAAGGCCUGUCAGACAACAAGCCUUCCCGGCCACCGUCGCGCCCCCCGCAAGCCACUGCACACCCGCCUCGCGCUCCAUCACCACCACCGCAAGUCAGAGAUGAUAGCAUCGACAGUCGCGAGGGCUCGAUAAGUCCGACGCGGCGUCGAAAGAAAGCCCGCCGCGCCUCCAUAGACCCCACUGUCGUACCCGCACUCACAGACGCUACGCAAGGCAACGGAGAGGAACUGCCCAUGAAGGAGGAGGUUUCGCGCGACGGAGUGGAGGACCUGACGCUGGACGAAGAAGCUGAGGAACAACCUUCUGUUAAGCACAAUGACGUUGUACGCAAUUUCCAAUGGCACAUGGAACGAUCUCAGGAUGAAAUAAUGAAUUCAAAUGACAGUGUUCGGGAGUCACAAGAGCUGCACAAGGACGGGCAGCUGCCGUCGGCGCUGCUGUCGCUGCUGUCGGCGCAGCGCCGCUCGCAGUCGCUGGCGGCGCUGGUGCCGCCCUGCAUCCAGGUGACCGACAUCCUCAAGCCGCUGCUGCCCGGCGCGCUGCCGCCCGCGCUGGCCGCCAUGCCCGAGAACCUCAAGGCGCACCUGCUGCAGCAGGCCUUCCUGCAGAACAACAACGCGCCGGACGCGCACGCGGAGCACGAGUCGGACAACGAGUACGACGACACCGACGACAUCGUGCUGCCCGAGGAGGCGGACGCGCUGUACGAGGGGUUCGACUACGAGCCCAAGCACGACGCCAAGGGCAAGCGCGAGGACGACGCCAGCCGCCAGUUCGAGUGCCGGCACUGCGGCAAGCGCUACCGCUGGAAGUCCACGCUGCGGCGCCACGAGAACGUGGAGUGCGGCGGCAAGGCGCCGGCGCACCAGUGCCCCUACUGCGCCUACCGCGCCAAGCAGCGCGGCAACCUGGGCGUGCACAUCCGCAAGCACCACAACACGGAAUGGUACCUGUACGCCACCAGCAAGUGCGGUGCUGACGUGUGCGCUGUUGCAGGCGGCGAGGAGGCGUUCCCGCGCCUGGGCGGGCUGUCGUGGGAGCAGUGGUCGGCGCGCCUGGCGCUGCCGCUGGUGGCGGGGCUGCGCGCGCCCGCGCCGCCCGCGCCCGGCGAGCCCAGCUUCACGUGCCCCGACUGCGGCCGCGUGUACAAGCUCAAGUCGUCGCUGCGCAACCACCAGAAGUGGGAGUGCGGCAAGGAGCCGCAGUUCCAGUGCCCCUACUGCGUGUACCGCGCCAAGCAGAAGAUGCACAUCGCGCGCCACAUGGAGCGCAUGCACCGCGAGGUGCACAUGAAGCCCGAGCAGUACAUCAAGCAGGACAACGUGGACGCGUGCACAUAGUGUGCGCUGUACGCCACGAGCGUACGCACGAUACGCACGUAAUGUUGCGAGCAUCAGUAUAACGAUUUCUUAAAUUCUUCAACUUCCUCGAGUAUAUUGCCGAUUGUGAUAGAUGUGAUUAUCUCCAUGUGAUAGCGCCGCGAGCCGGUCGCACGGCCGGGCGCGCCUCGUUACCUGCUCCGCCGCAGCCGCGGAGCGCAAAGCGUGCCGUUGAAGUUAAUCUCAAGACGAAUUUCACUUAGUAUUCACACUGGUUGCAGUUAUUUGCAGCGGUGCCAGCGACUGUUGCAUUUAUCGAAUAUGUUAAGAAAGUGAUUGUAUAGUUACGCUUUUAUAUGUUUAUGUACAGCAUUUAUUGUGUAAAUGAUAUCAUUCCUAAUGUCGGCGUCGUCGCGCGCGGAGCUUCGCUAGAUGGUUAGAGCUUACUUCCUUGUUACCAGUUACAGUUACUACGGACGUUUCGGAUAUCGAAUGUUGAAAGGCUAUACUCAUCAGUGAAAUUAUAGUUUGUUCAAAACGAGAUUAGUGCCCGCGCCACGCGGGUCUUUAUUAUAGUGAGAAUGGAAAAGAGUUAGAAUGAGUAAUUGCGUUCUUUUAUUCUAUUAAGUAGUUUUUAAAAAUAAAAAUGAAGCUAUUUGUCGCUUAGUAUGCAAGUUCUAGGUCUUUGCCAUAAUGCAUGUUCCAUUAAUUUUGUAAUACUCAAUGUAAGUUAAUAUUUUUUUAUAUUUUUCAAUAAUUAUUUUUAGAUCUCUUUUUUUACGUAUAAUGCAUUUAUUUUACAUUAAAUCUAGAACGUAAACGUCUAUCCUAUAAUCGGAGGACAUCCAUAUCGUUAUAAGUGGUAUUAAUGUUAAGUUCCUGGGGUUGAAUGCGUAGCCGCUGUUGUUUUGGAUGUUAUAUUUGGGGCCAAUUGUUGUAGCGUAAGUAAGUCGGACCAGUGGAAAUGAGUGCCUUAUUUAGAGUCGUUUGUUAAAUUGUAAUUUACAGUUUGUAUAGACACUGCCAUUGAGGGGAUCGUCGGCUCACGGCGUGAGUCGCACGAAACAUGUCAUUAUUUGGACGAGAUCAAAAUCUUCCACUUAGUUUGUAAGUACUUUUUAUACAUUACCAUUUAGACUAUGUAAGAGUGAUAUCGCGUAGAGUUAAAUCAUUCUCGCCGUUUAAUCUUUCACCUCCGCACCAGUGGCGUAGCGUGCCUUGGAGGGGGCCUGUAUCAAAACUAAUUGUGGGGCAAAAGAAGGGUAAAGAUUUCUCACAAAAGAAACGAAAAUGCUCGCUUAAAAUAAAUAUCAUAGUGACUUAACCUAUGUAGGAUAUUUACAACUUUGUGCGCACGCUUAACCAGGGAAAAAGAGAUUGUGAAUUAGAAAGAAAAAACGUUACCUGUCACCUAUUAUAAUACUAAUUUUUGCUUACAUACGUAAGGGGCCCGCAUCAUUGAUACGGCUGAUACGAUGGUAGCUACGCCCCUGCUCCGCACGUGUCUACUGUGGCAGAGAGUACUCGUGGUCGGCGUCGGAAUGAUUUUGCUCCCGCGAUAACCGAUUAGUAUAUUAUCUGCAGGAGUUACCAGCAAUACAAUCAAUACGUAGAGCUCGAUAAGUACAACCGAUAUAAGUCAUUUCAGUGUAACGUUAAGUGCCUUCAGAAAUAUAGUCAUUAGGGAUUAAAAUAUUUCUUCAUUAGAAAAAGUUCGAUAGAAACAGUCAUGCUUAUCUACCAAUUUUGUUGUAAACUAAACUUAAACUGAUAAGACUAAAUUGACCAUAUUUUUUAUACAAACUGUAAAGAAUUUCAACACAUUCAGUCCUAUCAGUUAUUAAGUUUUACAGAAUUGAUACCAAUGUUACAUGUUUUUGCAAAAGUCUGGGUUGUGAUUUUUGUCAAUACAAACAAUAUUUGAACAGAAAAUAUUCUAGCCGAGUACAACAUAGCUGUGAUAGGAAAUAUUCUCAAAAUAUUUUUUAAAAGUUUAAACUCAUUAGGGUUAUUACAACUACAUACGUACAUGACAAACGUUUCGAUCCAAGGGAUUGCGGAAUAGUUGCUAAAUGUAUACAAAUACUAAAGUAUUCUACGUACUGUAGCAUAUAAUAUGACAAUAAGAAGUUACAGUGAUUUAAAUGCAUUUGAUUGUAUUUUAUAACCAUUUUGUAUUUUAAAUAAAGUUGCUAUUCUUGAUA